CCUUCAAGUGUGCGCGCGCAUUGGCUGCUGCGCGCGUCUUUCGUGAAAGUGGGAGGAGCUGGAGCGGAUAAAAACGGAGGCGGCGCGGCUGUCAGCGGUGCUCCUGCGCGCGCCUGAAGUGGACUGUCGUGAGGUCGGAACCGGCUCUGCGCUGGGUGCUGGGGCUGCCCGCGCGGGUUCGUCUGGACACGCACGCGGCUGUCAGAGUUGCACCGUCAGAUUCACGUUUGCUCCGGUCAGGCGCGCGUCUCCGCGCACCGACACUCUGCGCGCGUCUGGAGGUCUUAACGGGCUGGAGAACCGCUCAGCCCGGAACUUGUUGCGCGUCCCCGGAGCGGACGGUCCACCUCUGCCCCCGAAGCUGCUCUCUCGGGUUCGGAGACCCGCAGCCGGAUCCAGAGUCCGGCUCUCAUCGGGUGACGCUGACGGCUCGAUUCUUCCCGCUUCGGACUUAUGGCGGCUGAACUUUAUCCGGGCCAGACCCGACCCCUUCAUUAGAACCCCCCUCCGUGUUCCAAAGCCGCCGUUCUUCCCCCGACAUGUCUGAGCGCGAGGAGAGCGCAGGCGACGCGGCGCCGGACUUCAUCCCGCCGAGAGCGUCCCGCGGCCGCCGGAGCGGCGUGGUCCUCCCCGCCGGACCGGACCCCGACGCCGUCCUGCUGGAGGCGGUGAAGGCGGCCCCCCGCCGGAGCAGCAUCAUCAAGGAUCCCUCAGUGCAGAAGGUGGGCGGAGGCAGGAAGAAGACGGUGUCCUUCAGCAGCAUGCCCUCAGAAAAGAAGGUGAGCAGUGCAGCCGACUGCUUGGCAUUCAUGCAGGGGGGCUGUGAGCUGAAGAAGAUUCGGCCCAGCUCCAGGGUUUACUGCCGGUUCUACACUCUGGACCCAGACCUGAGCUGCCUGCGCUGGGAGCCGUCCAAGAAGGACGGGGAGCGGGCCCGGCUGGACGUGGCCAGCAUGCGAGAGGUGCGCACCGGGAAGAGCACGGAGACCUUCCUGCACAACGGCCCUCUGUUUGAACACCUGCCCGAGGAGGCAGCCUUCUCCAUCAUUCAUGGGGAGGACUAUCAGUCUUUAGACCUAGUUGCCCUGUCAGCAGAUGUUGCUAACAUCUGGGUGACAGGUCUGCGUUACCUGCUGGCCCACCCCUCAAUAAUUGGAGGGGCUGCAGGAGGGGGCGGGAGCCUGGAAGGUGGGCCCGGUGACGGGGGCGUUGCAGCAGUGGAAGGUAGCCUGGGAAGCAAGAUGAGGAGCGACUGGCUGGAGGCGGAGUUUGCUGAGGUGGAUGAAGACGGCUACGGCAUCGUGUCGGAGGACGUGGCAGUCGCCACCAUCUGCAAACUGUGUCCAGGCAUCAAGGAGGGAAAGGUUCGUCUGCGCUUUAAGGAGAUCCAGCGUAGUAAGGAGAAGCUGACGUCACAUGUUACUCUGGAGGAGUUCCAGGAGGCCUUCUGUGAACUCUGCACUCGUCCUGAUGUCUACUUCCUGCUGGUGCAGCUUUCCCAGGACCGCGAGUGCUUGGACCCGCAGGACCUGCGGCUCUUCUUGGAGACAGAGCAGGGUUUGUCUUUGGCCACCACAGAGGGCUGCUGGGAGCUCCUCAAGCGCUACGAGCGCUCCGCCCAGGGCAGGGAGCGGGGGCUGCUGGGGGUGGACGGCUUCGCACGGUACCUGCAGUCACCGGAGUGCCAGCUGCUUGACCCGGAGCAGCUAGCCGUUUGCCAGGACAUGAACCUGCCCCUGUCCCAUUACUACAUCAGCACCUCCUACCGCUCCUACCUGCUGGACGACCAGGUCCAUGGCAGAGCAGACUUGGGGGGUCUGAUCCGAGCCCUGCAGGCUGGCUGCCGAUGCCUGGAGCUGGGUGUGACCGACGGCCCCGAGGGGGAGCCUCUGCUGGGGGUCGACUAUGGCCCUGACAUUUCCCGCCACCACCCCCACCACGCCCCCGUCACCAUCCGCUCCGCUCUGGAGGUGGUCAACAAAUACGCCUUCCUGACCUCUCAGUACCCACUGCUGCUGUACUUGUGCCAGCGCUGCUCCCCUCCCCAGCAGUGCACCAUGGCACACCACCUGAAGAAAGUCUUUGGCUCUCGUCUCUACACUCCAGAGGGGCUGUCAGUCAACCUGGGGGGUCGGGCCACAACCUUACCGUCGCCCGAGCAGCUGAAGGGACGGAUCCUGUUGGUGGCAAAGAAGCUUCCUCCUGAGCACGAGGGCUCGGACGGGGAGGUGUCGGAAGAGGAAGAGGAGAUAGGAGGAGGGGGACCCUUAGCAGGAAGGAGAAUGACUAUACCUGGAGAGGAGGAGCUGGGCGUGGUCCUGGUAGUGCCCCCCCCUUCUCAACCGAGGAAGCUCCGUCUCCACAGAGAGCUGUCAGACCUGGUGACCGUGGCUCGGACCGGCAGCCGCAGCUUCUACACUCAAAGAGCCACGUACAAGAAGGCCCAGCAGCAGUCCCCCCCCAGCAGCCCUGUGUCUCCAGGUUCUCCUCUCCCCCCAGAGCUGCCCUACUGGACCAUGUGCUCCUUGGGUGAAGGAGAGGCGGGGCGGCUAACCAGCGAGAGCCCGGAGGACCUUGUGAUGUUCACCAAGCGUACCCUGACCAGGGUGCGGCCCAGCUCAGUUCGCCUGGACUCCAGCAACCCCAACCCCCAGGGAUACUGGAAAGGGGGGGUCCAGCUUGUGGCCUUGAACCAGCAGACACCCGGCGCCAUGCUGGACCUUCACCGAGGUCGCUUCUCCCAGAAUGGAGGCUGUGGUUAUGUUCUCCGCCCGGCCGUCAUGAGGGACGAGGUGUCGUACUUCAGUGCCCACACUCACGGUUGCGUGCCGGGAGUCCCACCUCAAACGCUGCGCAUCAAGGUGAUCAGCGCCCACAAUCUUCCCAAGCCUCAAGGGUCGGGGGCCAAAGGGGAGGUCAUUGACCCGUAUGUGGUUCUGGAGCUGCACGGAGUUCCAGCCGACUGCGCCGAACAACGAACACGAACCGCUGCACAGAACCAGGAUGACCCGCUGUUCGAUGAGACCUUUGAGUUUCAGGUGAACAUGCCGGAGCUGGCCUUGCUGCGCUUUGUGGUUCUGGACGAUGACUAUAUUGGAGACGAUUUCAUCGGUCAGUUCAGCGUGGCCUUCGAAUGCCUUCAGCCCGGAUACCGGAACGUGCCCCUUCUCGGCCUGGCGGGAGAUCCCUUACCUCACACCAGCUUGUUUGUCCACAUCGUCAUCACCAACCGUCGGGGCGGCGGGAAAGCUCAGCGGAAGGGGCUGUCAGUGAGGAGGGGUGGGCGACGAGGGCGGGAGUAUGUCUCACUGAGGCAGACGGGCAUCAAGGUGGUGGAUGAGGUCUUCAAACAGGCGAACGGGCCCCUGAAGGAAGGGACAGACCUGCGGGAAGAUGCUCAGAGCUCCACCGCCACCUUCAAAGAGCAGUGUGGACUCCCCGCUGUGGCCAAACUGAAGCAGUGCAUCCAAAGCCUGGCCACCCGGCUGCAGUGCCCUGAGGGGACCAUGGGGGCCACCAUGGUGCUCAGGGAGGGCUACCCCUGCUUGGAGCCACUGAUCAGCCUCCCAGAGGCGACCCGUAAAGUGCUUGCUGCCUAUGACACAAUGAUCGCUGCACAAAAACAGCUGAUUGGAAAUGCAGAUGGUGUCCAGGAGAGGAUCGAUCAGGUCUAUCGAGAAGGGAUGGACUUCCACGAGGACUUUCCUCGGCUCGGGGAGAAGGAAGGACUCAAAGGCCGUAAGCUGAACAAAGCCGUGGAGAGUUUUACCUGGAAUAUUACCGUGCUGAAGGGCCAGAGCGACCUCCUGCGCGGGGCAAAGAUGGACUCCCUGGACGCCCUGCGGCAGCUGGCUCUGGCCUGUGAAGCCUGCGGCCUCACCUCCUCCAGCUCCUCCUUCUCCUCAGCUGAGCUGCACUAUACGGCCCACCCCACGUCCGGCCGGCGGAGCAGCAACGGACGCAUCUGAUGGAGCUGUCCUCCGUAACAGAAAAUAAAAGGUGGAGCGGGGACAGAGACCGCCAGGAAAGCCCCUCCUCAUCAGAGGCAGAGGGUUUAAGAGGACGGAGGAGUAAUGAAGACGAGGGGAGGGGGGGUUCAGAGCACAGAAUGAUGUGAGAGGACUGUCCGGGUGGAGGGUGCUCCUCCUGACGGUCUGGUUUCGUGCAGCCGUGCAGGAUGUCAGUCCUCCUCUGACAGACGUCUGCGCAGACCUCUGCAGCUCUGCUACAGACAUCCUGACCUUCUGUGAAAUGCUGCUUUAACCCAACGGAGCCCCCAUCCCUCGCUCUUCUCAAACACCCUGCUGACCGCUCCAUGCAGGUUUGGGAUGUCACUAACCCUCAGUGCCAAGCUGAUGAUGGGAGAGGCUGCUCCGGUUCAGGUUCAGAACAAAAUCUGAAGACCGACAAGAAAAACAGAAAUUACAUGGAGAGAGAGAGUUUAUAUUUGAGACACUUUAAAAAUAACUAACAACCUGGAAAACGCCUAAAACACAAUUUAUAAACUAAUUAAAACAAGAAAAAACUGAUGGAAAGAGGAAGUUAAGCAUUGCAGACAGGAAGUAUUCGAAAAACAAGUAAUAUGCUAAAUACAUAAAUGUACCUGGAAACAGAAAAUGUCAACAAAACAGGAAAUGACCUGAAUUAAUGAAUUAAUAGAAACCUUUUUAAACCUGAAAUAUAAACUGAGAGUGGAAAUGCACCCAGUUUGUCUUCAGCCGUCCCGAUUCUUUAAUCUGCAGAAUCUCUAAUUCUUACCAAGCGUGUUUGUCUAAUAAUUGUCAGAUUAACUUCACAUCCGAUAGAACGUGUCAGUGCGAGAGGGUGCCAGUGUUUAGCUGAAUCUGUGCAGCGUGACGGCGCCGUCUGCUCCGUGGUGCUUCCUGCUUCCGAAUGUUGUGAUGUGGACACACUGGUGCGUACUCGUGUGGUGACAUCUGCAGUGUUUGUGUCGUUCUUCAGCUGCUUUGUAUAAUUCUGUAAAACCUCAAGAGUAGAAACAUAUUUAUUAAAGUGUGUUUUCAAUCUAGAAUUCAUUAAAUGGACUUUAUUUUGAAAAGUGUUUUCUAUUUGAUUAAAAGUAACAAGAAAAUGUAUUCUAGACUAAAUAAAGUAACUUUUGCUGAGCA